AACAGGCAACCCUGGUCGUGUCCCCAGCAUCCACAGCUACUACCCACCGUACCGCCCUGACGGGUACAUGUGAUGGCAGGAUGCUGAAGGCCACUAUCAGCAAGCCACCUUGUUGCAUCCGACUACUUCUUCAUGUUUGCAUCUCGGCUUCCAGGGCCUACCAUCUUUCGGUCGGCGUUAAUAAAAGGUGUGCAAUUGGUUAUUCUACCAUCUGUUCUUGGCUCCAUCUUGCAGCGGAGUUCGCGGCGUCAUUUCAUUGCGGCGGCGUUUUCACUUUCAGCACUCUUAUCAUCAUUUCCCUGAUAGCGACUCUGGAUACUCGCUCAUAGCACUAGCGACUGGUAUACCAUGAUGGUGAGAUACGAAGGCUAUUCCUUGGUGGAUACGUGCGGCGUGUGUGGGUACA